ACAAUUUACUUCCUUAUCAAUUCUACUCUUGCAACCUUUCUAUUUGCCUUAUUGGACAAAUUCCAUAACACACCAGAACAAUAUACAUAUUUUUCUUGUUCUCUUCAUUGAUCAUAAGACUAAUUCAUGGCAGAAUACAAACAGCACCAACGCCUAUUUGACCGUUUUGAUGAGAACAGAGACGGGAAAAUAUCAGCCGAGGAGCUUCAACAGUGUGUCCAUUUGAUCGGGAAAGACAUGUCAUAUGAGGAAGCAAAGGCUGCAGUUGAGCAUAAUGAUUCAGACAACGAUGGCUUGUUGGAUUUCGAAGAUUUUGUGAGAUUAAUUGAAGGUGGAAGUGAAGAAGAGAAGGCACACGAGUUGAAGGAGGCGUUCAGGAUGUAUGAAAUGGAAGGAUGUGGAUGCAUAACGCCUGAGAGUUUGAAUAGAAUGCUUGCUAGAUUGGGAGAAUCAACAACAAUUGAUGAAUGCAGAGGAAUGAUUUGCCGAUAUGAUAUUGAUGGCGAUGGUCUCCUUAAUUUUCAUGAGUUUGAGAUUAUGAUGCGUUGCUAGUAUUACUGGGCCGUUGAUUUCUCAAAUGCUCACUUUAUUAUCUCACAAAGUGACCGUUGAGAAAUCAACUCUGAUACCGAGUUAGACACCUAGUUGUUUGCCCUUUGCUACUUUUCACAUUGUUUUGUUUCUGCUUUCUUUGAUUCUUCAUUCUUUUGGUAGAUCUGUGUAUAACUCAUUCUUUCUGUAUAUUCGUACCAGGUUACAUAAACUUAUUUGUAAUUUCUCCAUUAAAACCCAUAUUUUGUGCUUUUCAUGUUUGGUAACACUACUACUAUGAUCUGUAAUAU